AUUGGUGUUUUCUCUAUUGCUUUUAUGCACCGCACAACACAUGAUAUAUUAGUUGACGAAGUCAUCAUCUAAAGAAAAACUAUCAAUCUAGUUAGACAAUUGUCGGCAAGAAGUAGAGUGAGCUGAAUAUGGCGUGUGGCAAGCUCUAUUUUCUUAUACUUGUUAUUUUAGGUCUUUCUCUAAAAGUUUAUGGUAAGCUUUCACCAAAUUUCUACUCUUCUACUUGCCCAAAUGCUCUUAGUAUUGUCGAGAAAGGAGUUAAGGCAGCUAUAAAAAAUGAAGCUCGAGUUGGAGCAUCAAUACUUCGGUUGCAUUUUCAUGAUUGUUUUGUCAAUGGUUGUGAUGGAUCUAUCCUCUUAGACGAUACUGCAAACUUUAGAAGUGAGAAAACAGCUGCUCCUAAUAACAACUCGGCUCGAGGGUUCGAGGCAGUAGACCACAUCAAGGCUAAGUUAGAGAAGGCUUGUCCAGGAGUUGUCUCUUGCGCUGAUAUUCUUGCCAUUAUUGCUCGUGAUGCUGUUGUUAUUUAUGGUGGACCAACAUGGAAAGUGAAACUGGGAAGAAGAGAUUCUCGCACAGCAAACAGAAGUGCAGCCAACGCCUUUAUUCCUCAACCUUCGUUCAAUCUCAGUAAUCUCACUCAAAGUUUUGCUAAUGUUGGUUUAUCAUUCAAGGACAUGGUGGUCCUCUCUGGCGGGCACACCGUUGGAUUAGCAAGAUGUACAACUUUCCGAUCACACAUCCACAACAACACAAAUAUUAAUUCCGGCUUCGCGAAAUAUCUACAGAGAAAAUGUCCAACAAGUGGAAAUGACAACGUUUUACUGCCCCUUGAUUACCAAACUAAGUACACUUUUGACGACAAAUAUUACAAAAAUUUAGUAGCUAAAAAAGGUUUACUUCACUCAGAUCAAGAACUUUACAAUGGAAACAAGGCUGAUUCUCUUGUUCAAGAUUACGCAAUGGAUCAAUGCAAGUUUUUCAAGGCCUUUGCUAAGAGCAUGAUUAGAAUGGGGAACAUUAAGCCGCUUACGGGAAGUAAUGGCGAAAUUAGGCUUAAUUGCCGUAAGCCUAAUUAAUUAGGAAUUAAUUGAAGCCCCCAAUUCAUGGGUGUUUUGAAUUUCUAUAUAUCUCAAAGUGUUGAGGGUGAUUUGCCACUUUAAUGUACGUACAUGUUAAAUUUAUGUUCUUUUUAUGUAAAUUUUCAAAAAGUUCAUUUGUAUCAAUAAUCAAUGUUUUUGAGUGGUUAGUAUAUAGUUAAUAGUCUCAUUGCAUGUAAUUGAUCAGUGUUAUGAAUAAUCGAUUAUAAGUACUUAAUGCAAUUCCAAAUUUCACGUGA